UCAACACGUCUCCUCGCAACGUUACAACAUUUUUCAUUCCUUUCUCGUCUGCUGCUUGUUCUCUCUGCGUUGAAGGCCGGCCCCAAUCGAACAUAAACUUGGUGAACUGUGCGACAAACUGAAGGCAAUAUAGUAAUUGGUGUGUAACUCGACCAUAGUCAGGUUUGUGUUGCACACUUUCUGGGAACAAGGUCACAGGAACGGCUUGAAUCGACAAAUCCCGUGCGUCCAGGCCAGGCAGACUGGUACAGUGGUAGCUUACGUGGCUUUGCCUGUACUGUAGGCUGUACUGACGACAUUGACUACAGACAGUCUGACGGUGGAGGUGGACUUCACGGUCAGAAAGUCAGGAACCUGUAGCUAUUACUAUGGAGGAAGAUGACUUAGAGUUUACAACCAAAAAGAGGGAUGCUAAGAAGGGACGAAGAGCAAGACAAGAGAGGCAAGAAGCAGUGGCCAGCAGCCAGCCCAAUGGUGACAUUGGUGGAGAUGAAUCAGCGGAGGGUAUAGUCCCCGUAUCGGAAAGAAAUGGAAGCCCCCGAGGCCCACCAAGUAGACCCAAGAGACGGCAAGGCGGCUGGGCUGAUGAUGCACCCAAAGCUGACAAGAAGCCGUUGGGGACAGCCGAUGAGCUGCAGUCCUUCUCUGAUGAGCGAGCACGAGCAGAGAGCCCAAAAAGGAGAGAUGACUCAGAUGACGACAUUCCUGUGAUACCAGACCUGGACGAUGUCCAAGAGGAGGACAUGGCCACCCAGAUUGCAGCACCACCCAGCGUGCAAGUCAACCGAGUGGCUACCUACAGGGAGUUAGACAAUGACCUGCUGAAGCAUUCGCAACUACUCACACUGGAUAACGACAUAGACCUGAAGUUGUUAACCAAAGUUCUGUCGUCGGAGCAGGAUGUGACGGAGGAGGACAAACCCUGGGACUGGGAUCUCAUCUUCACUGAGGUCUCCUCCGAGCUGCAGACUGAAUGGGACAAACAGAACGCUGACAUGGAGGAGAAGGGAAAGGCAUAGCGGCCUGUGGGUGGCCUUCACAGAGUGGCUUCGGUGUGGACUCACAGUGGCCCCAUUGUCAGAUUGUAGCCUCAUAGAGUGGCCUCACAGUGGUCCCCAUGUCCUCAUUGUCAGAUUGUAGCCUCAUAGAGUGGCCUCACAGUGGUCCCCAUGUCCUCAUUGUCAGAUUGUAGCCUCAUAGAGUGGCCUCACAGUGGUCCCCAUGUCCUCAUUGUCAGAUUUUACCUUCAUAUAUUGGCCUCACAGUGGGCUCAUUGUAGCUUCACUGAUCACAUGACUGGCUCCUAGUGGCCUCAUAGCAGCAUCGUUCUAGCCUCACAGUUACCCCACAGUUACGCAGAGAAGCCUCAUAUUGUUCUUCUAGUGGUCUCACAAUAGUCGGUUACAAACUAGAGCAUUGGUUGGCUCAUUGGUACUUUUUUAUUUGGUAUAAGGUGGGAGAUAUUUUACUACAGUGUACAUAUAAAAAGAGUAAAAUUGUGAAAUAUGGAUAAUAGUUCAGAUUUUUUCUUCAUUGACCACAACCCUAUUCAUUCCCUUUGCAUCCAGAGGGUGUGAUAAAUAACAGCCACCACUGAUCAUUGAGAGACAAGAAAUAAGACCCGCUGACCUCAUGCUAACCAAGAGAAUUGGACAAGUUUCCUCUUGCUGCUGCUGCCUUUUCCUGAUCUGGAAGAAAUUACCCAUUUUGGUUUGCUGCAUGCAACAACAUUUGGGAGUCACUUAUUUUGGAGACAAGAACUGCCUGCUUAUUUUCUGCCAUUUUGAAAUGGUGAUGAACCAACACAUUGUUUUGCAAAAUCAUCAAAUGUUAUUGUCAUACCUGUGUCUUGGAUACUGUCUAUUCAUUGGCCCAGAACGAUCACAUGACGAUCACACUCACCGUGAGACAUCAUUGUGCUGAAAGCAUGUGCAUGAGACUGAAGAGCUUCAGGAAGUUCAAGGGCGACAUUGUCGCUCAUUUAGUCAGUUUUGCGCGGUACCCACGAUACGUUUUGUGCGUACGUUACCAGGAUAUUUGAUCAAUGGUCGCGCUCUUAUAACAGACUUGUUCCCGUCCCCAUGGCGAAUAAAGUAAUGCAGGGAGCACCAACCAGACUACAUGACGUGAACUUAUACUCACUGGUACCCGCACUACUUUCAUUAAACUUUACGCAAAUAAAGAAAGUGAGGGAACGGUGUAUAUGCAGACGAUAUCAUUUACGUCUUUUAUGCUAAUUAUACAGUUUGACAGUAGGCCUAUCGUCUGCUGAACUUCUGAAAUUCAGAGCUCGUUCCUUUGGAUAAAUUCCUUAAGACUGUGGUAUGACAAAACAAUUGUUGACUGCUGUGGUGUGGGAUAUGACGUUUUGAACACCUGAUGGGCGCAUAGCGCUCUUGGCUUCGCCUCGGGGCACUGUGCAUCCUUCGGGUGUUCAGAAUGUCAUAUCCCACACCACAGCAGUCAAGAAUUAUUAAACAUAAGACAUCUAGUCUUGAAUUCUAUCGAAAACACAUUGUUUUGCUACUCAUCAAAUGUUAAUAUCAGACUUCUAGUCUUGAAUUCUUGUUUGGUCAGAACAAUGAUGUCAUGCAAACAUAACGUGGCCAAAGCAGAAACAUGUUUCUGGCCAUGGUCAAGGAGAUGCACUUUUGACAGCAUGAAAUAAGACCCGUGUAGGCAGCCAGUGAAGUGUUGAGCCAACACUUGGUGGUGUUACACUCGAUAUAAAAACCCUCGCAUGACCAUCAUAGGAUAUGUAAAAGUUACUCGGAUGAGCUGCACCAAGAACUAUUCCCAGUUCACUGCUCACACUGUUUCUUGUAGUUAGUCCUGUGUCUGGUCAUGUGAUAGUCUUCUUUACAACCUUGUAUUUUCAGUGGUGUCCAGUGAACUACUGUCAAAUUGUAUGUACAGAAAUAGUGUAUUCUGUAUCAUAUUUUAACAUAUUUGUAGGUGAUUUAAUUAAAUUGUAUCAGCGCGUGAGGAAUGUUA